GAUGAAUAAAUGCCUCGUACCCAAAUUCAAUUACCGCUACAAAUUGCUGAGGAGGAGGAGGGCAAAGAUGUGAGAAGAAAAGGUGGAAUGAAAUGUACUUACUUGAUAUUGUAGCCCUUUCCACCUUUCCAAGUUAUUUAGUUACUUCCCUGCAUGUUGAGUCUGCUAGCAUCCAUUCUUUGUUCAACAAAAAGCAUGAGAGUGCUUCCUAGCUUUGAACUGCAGUACUAUUUUCUACCACAUGGUGGAGCCAAAGCUCCCAGUAAAACUACAGUACAGUGGUGGUGGUGGGACAGUAGGCCACAUGUACAGGUAUUCUUCUUGUAGUAAUAACAGCUUGUUGGAUAGAUUGGAUUUUGCCAUAAAAAUGUGCUUUAUUUCAUUUUAUAUUAUUUCAUUUCGACCUAGUAAAAGUAUCAGACAUACAGUACAUACAGUUUGCAUUCCUGACAAUUCUAAUGUUCCUCCCCGUUUAUGGCCGUUCAUUGCUUCCAGACCCGACAAAGUAGGCUUCAUUAUUACUAAGUGGAAUAUUGUCAUUACAAUCUUCUAGAGAGCUCUCGAGACAUGAAAUAACACCUCCAUAGUCACCUUACAUUUGUAUUACCCAAUGCAGUAGAUGUAAUCAAAGAAAAUAUGACGUAAACAUUACACAUAAAUAAGAUAACGUAGACUCACACGUUAGCAGUUCCUUGUUGAUGUUUCUGAACAGUGUAGUUCCUUGCGGCUUUAAAUGGCUUUACACUGGUAUUAGCCAAUAUAGUAGACAGAAUAAGAGUAAAUAAGCCACGUAAAAAGCAAAACUCCUGCUUGCAGUGUCACAGUAAACGUGUUCCCUAGGAAACUUUCGUGAUGAGUCUCAUGCCUGUCUCAGUGAACACCGACACCUAGUGGCCAAUGUGGAAUACUACAUUCUUAAUUACAAUGCUUCUUCGGCCUUGUAUUUGUAUUUUACUUCAUUUACUUUGAUCAUUUGGGUAUUUUUAGGCUUGAAAAUACUUCAUUUAGGCCAAGAAUAAGUACAGUCUGCUUAAAUAUGCUUUUUUAAAACUACUGUAAUAAUAGGCCGUAUUGAACCACAAAACAGUGAUCUUUUAAAUGAUUCAUUAAUUUCUGAAAAAUAGAUAUAGCGAGGGAUUGGUGUACAAUGUUGCAGCAAUUAGCUUGCCAGCUAGCAGACACAUUAACAAACAAACAUUUGAUUACACAACUGUGUGGUAUUUGUCAGUGUAUACAUCCAUCAGUAUAUCUCAUGUGGACGCAACAAGCUGAUAUUUUGGUGGUUUUGAUUUAAUUUUGUUUUUUUAAGUGAGUUUUUAAGUUUUAUGUGUACAACCUGGGUGUUAAUGUAGGUGUAACGUACUGACACUAACGCUCAACAACAGAGGACCUUCUGGACUGUUUUUUUCGUAAACAGGCAUGGUGAAGAACGGCGCUUCCUGUACCUUUAAGCGUGACGUGGUGAUGACGUGAUGGGAAGAAGGCGUGACCGACCUGUGAAAUGUCAGGGAGGAAUGGCGCUCGGCGCGGUAUUUUGAACAAUCCCCUUUUUGCUCUCCUCGGUUUGCCCGCAAAAGCUGGCCUGCGUGGAAUAACUAAGAAAUCAACUUGCCUUGCCUUGCCUUACCAGGCUGCUGAGUCCUCGCCAACAUGGACGUGGUGCCGCCUGAGCUCAACAGCCUCCUUCCCGAUGAGAUCAUGGACAUGGAGGCCAUUGAGGAGGUGGCUCACUCCCAGUCGGAGUCCGGUCAAGACACGUCUGUCCCCAUGGAAACGGACACACCGCCAGCGCCCGAGAAUGUGGGUGUGUCCACCUCCGCGGAAUCUCAGCUUCCCGUCUCAGCCCCCAGCUUGACCUCCCAACUCCUUAACCUGAAACCGGCGGCGUUGGCCACCUCCAUCGCCGUCACCAAAACCACAGACAGCGUCACAGGGACGACGGUCUCCACGAGUGGCUUGCAAAAGCUCACGGCGCCGUUCACCAUCUCUGCCGCCAACCACCAGAUCAUCCUAAAUAAGGUGGCUUCGUCGCAAGCCACGGAAGCGGCACGCUCGGCAGGGGUGGCGGCCGCCCCGCAGAUCAUCAAGCAGGACGGCCAGAAGCUCUUGGUGACCACCAUUGGGAAGGCGGGACAACCCAUAGUGCUGCAGCUGCCCCACACGGCGGCCGCCAAGGCGGGCGGGGCUCAGGGCGCGGCCGACGGAAAGUCGCCGGCGCCGCAGAUCAAGGUGGUGACCAUUGGGGGGAGGUCGGACCUGAAGCAAGUGGUUGGGACUGCAGCCGGGCAGAUGACUGCACUACAAAGCCAGCAGCUCAAGACUGUGCAGCUCACAAAGAAAACACCAGCGUCCUCGGCUCCGCCCAUCAAGUUCAUCAUCACAAAAGCCGUCAACAGCAAAGCUCAGACGUCUGGAGCUCCUGUCAUCGCAGGACGGGUCCUUGCCCAGAAUUCGCCCGUGAUGCCUCAGAGGACCAUCACGCUGUCAGAGACCCACAACGCCAGCAUCCAAAGCAUCGCCGGCAAAAAGAUCGCCAUCUCUCCGCUCAAGACUCCCAGCAAGCAGGUGACUGUGGUGUCUGUGGCUUCGCCGACCUCCAGCGCUUCCCAGAAGUCCGUGACCCUUCCUGUCAGUGUUGCGCUGGGCCAGCAGAUCCUCUCAGUCCAGCAGCCCACCUCUGUGUCGCCGGUGAAGGUGGCCACCAGCCAGUCUACAGCACAGAAUAUCAAACCAGUUCAGUCUGUGGCAGUGGGCGGCUCCCAGUUCAAGACCAUCAUCCCGCUGGCGACCCAGCCCAACGUGCAGCAGAUUCAGGUGCCGGGAAGCCGGUUCCACUAUGUGCGCCUGGUCACGGCCACCACGGCGAGCGGCGCGGUGCCACCCAGCGCCCCCAGCACCAGCACCAUGCAGACAGCCAAACCCAUGGGGGUCAGUACAGGGGCGGUGAGGAUGUCGGUCCCCAUUGUGCCGGCACAAAGCGUCAAGCAGAUGGUGGCCAAGUCGCUGACGCCGGGCACCCAGGUGGUCACCAGCACGCCCACCCAGCAGCGCCUCAUCAUGCCCGCCACGGCGCUGCCCCAGAUCCAGCCCAACUUCACCAACCUGCCGCCGGGCACCGUGCUGGCCCCAGCCCCGGUUGGAGGGAACGUGGGUUACGCCGUGGUACCGGCGCAGUACGUCACGCAGCUGCAGCAGGCGCCGAUCGUGACCAUUGCCAACAGCUCCGGUUAUCCCGCCUCCACCGCCACCAUCCAGACGCAGGCCCGGCUGCCCCUCAAUGGCAUGUCGACGGUGGACGCGAGCGCCAGGCCGAGGAAACCCUGCAACUGCACCAAAUCUCAGUGUCUAAAGCUAUACUGCGACUGCUUUGCGAACGGGGAGUUCUGCAACAACUGCAACUGCAACAACUGCUUCAACAACCUGGAGCACGAAGCCGAGCGCUCCAAAGCCAUCAAGACGUGUUUGGACCGCAACCCCGAGGCCUUCAAGCCCAAAAUUGGCAAGGGCAAAGAGGGCGAGUCGGACCGGCGCCACAGUAAAGGCUGCAACUGCAAACGGUCGGGUUGCUUGAAGAACUAUUGCGAGUGCUACGAGGCCAAGAUCAUGUGCUCGUCCAUCUGUAAGUGCGUCGGCUGCAAGAACUUCGAGGAGAGCCCGGAGAGGAAGACGCUGAUGCACCUGGCCGACGCCGCCGAGGUGAGAGUCCAGCAGCAGACGGCCGCCAAGACCAAGCUCUCCUCGCAGAUCUCGGACCUGCUCAUGAGGACCACGCCCGUCAUCGCAAGUGGAGGCGGCAGGCUCCCGUACACGUUUGUGACGAAGGAGGUGUUGGAGGCGACGUGCGAUUGUCUCCUAGAGCAGGCCAAGUGGGCCGAACAGACCCGGCAGCCUCACGUGGAGGCUGAGCGCAGGAUCCUGGAGGAGUUCGGACACUGCCUCAUGCGGAUAAUCAACUCGGCAGGCAAAGCCAAAGCGGACUGCGCAUCCAUCAACAGCUAGGUGGUGGUCUCCGGCUCUUCCCUCAGUCACGCCAAAUGCGUCCCAUACCCUCCUGUGGGUGGGCGGAUGAGGUAAAAAGGUCACCCUUCCCCCACGCUCGACAAGAACAAUGAGUGGACGCCUGAGUGAGCUGGAGCCAGUCGCAAUAUAAACUGAAGGACAUCAGAGCAUAUCCGCCAUCCACCCUCACACUUUUAUUCCCCACUUUUAUACUCUUUUCUGUCUUUUUUUUCCUAUCUGAUGACAAAAAUUGGUGUCUAAUGGUAUAUUUGUUCUCCGAGUAGACAAACAGGACAUGUAUCUUUUGAUAUUUAUUUUGACAAGUAUUUGUAAUUACUGUUUAGCACUAAUCUUGUGUUGCUUCCACUGAUGAUCAUUCUUAACCAAGGCUAGGCUACACUCAUUCAGUUCAAUUGCUUAUCUCACACAACACGCACGCAUGCACGCAUAGUAUCAAGACAAAUUCCUCAAGAAAUAGUGCAGUACUGCUCCCUCAUAUUUGGGCAUGAAUCAAGAAAUUGAUUGACAGCAGCUCAACCCCAUACAAUCAAACAUCACCAUUCUGUUUGUGUGUCUUUUUUACAAGGCUGAAUACGACACAAAAGCAUUUUAACUGCUUCACAAACUUUAUGGGACUAGAAGGAAGUACAGAAACCUCAUUGUCACCAAGAUACGGUCACCUCUUAUUCAAUCAUUGCACAGCAGUGGGUAAAAUACAAAUCAUUCACAAAAAAAAUCUUGGGAAGCCUCAUGAAAAUUGUGUACAAUUAAUCAAUUGUACAAAAAUAAAGCUAUUUAGCUAUGUAUUUCAUUCAAACGCAGAUAUUUUCGC